AUGGCUAGUAGCUCAGCAAACAUAGUUGGUGUUCACUACAAAGUGGGAAAAAAGAUCGGGGAGGGUUCGUUUGGUAUCAUCUUCGAAGGAAUCAAUAUCUUCAACAACCAGCAAGUUGCAAUCAAGUUCGAACCGCGUAAAUGCGAUGCUCCCCAAUUGAGAGACGAGUAUCGGUCAUAUCGGAUUCUCAACAACAGCAAGGGGAUUCCCAAGGCAUACUUCUUUGGCCAGGAAGGUGUACAUAAUAUUUUAAUUAUCGACUUGCUAGGACCGUCAUUAGAAGAUUUGUUUGACUGGUGCAAUCGGAAGUUUUCAGUGAAAACAGUGAUUCAGGUGGCUAAACAAAUGAUCUCGCGGGUCGAGGAGAUACAUGAACACAAUCUUAUCUAUAGAGACAUCAAACCAGACAAUUUUUUAAUCGGAAAACCUGGUACUCCCGAAGCAAAUCAAAUUUAUGUGGUUGAUUUUGGAAUGGCUAAGCAAUACCGUGAUCCUAAAUCGAAAGUUCAUAUUCCAUACAGGGACAAAAAAGCUCUAAGUGGAACUGCUCGUUACAUGUCUAUUAACACCCACUUGGGAACCGAGCAGCUGAGAAGAGAUGAUCUUGAAAGUUUGGGGCAUGUUUUUAUGUACUUUUUGCGGGGUGCAUUGCCAUGGCAAGGUUUAAAGGCUCCAACCAACAAACAAAAGUACGAGAAGAUAGGAUUGAAGAAACAAACCACAUCUAUCAAUGAUCUUUGCUAUGGUUACCCCAUUCAGUUUGCUCAAUAUUUGACGUACGUUCGAAACUUGAAGUUUGACGAAACUCCCGAUUACAAUUACUUGAUAGGUCUUAUGGAUAAAGCGAUGUCUUCGAUUGGCCUCGAGGAAGAUGCUCAUUAUGACUGGAUGGAUUUGAAUAAUGGAAGAGGGUGGGAUGCUGCAUUAAACAAGAAGGCCAACUUACAUGGUUAUGGUAACCCACAUCCACCCCAACAACGACAACAGCGACAGCAAGCUCAGCAUUCACCUUUCCAAAAUCCACAGUCGUCAAAUAAUAGAAACUCCUCGAGCUCCAAACUUGUACAAUAUCAAAAGAACGUGAAGAAAACUAGAUCUAAAUCACUCUCCAUUGGCAACUACAACUCCAUUCCUCAAGAUGCAGGGGGCCAAUUUAACCCUUACAACGGACCCCAAGCAUACCGUAACGGGAACCACCAACAGAGUGGCAUGAUACCUGUGCGGGACGAUGGCGAUCUCCAUUCCGAUACCUCGAGUUUCAACGAGAGGCGCAAGAAUAGAUCUUGUCUAUCCCGGAUUUUCUGUUGUAUAUGA